AUGGCUCCAACAACACAAUCCGACACCGAAAAGCCCAAAAACUUCGAUCGGGGGGUCAAGGACAUGGUCUCCGCAAUAACUGACCACAUUUCUGGUCUUCACAAGCCUGGUUCAAGCCACCAGCAUCAUGAGGAAGAAGAUGGGCAUGGAGUGAAAAUCGUCACACUUGCUGGAACAAAUACUGGUGCAACCAUGAGAAGUGAACUGCAGGACGACAAGGACUCGUCGCUGGGUGAUCAGCCUGAACCAAUGAAUACUUAUGUGAACAGCAACUUUCAAGCUGUGAACAAUUCAAUUAUGAUGGAUAGCAGCUAUAGCACUAAUGAUCCUGGUGUUCAUAUGGAGGUCUCCGAUAUCUUUGAGCAGGAGCACGGUGGUCGUAAGACGGAGAGGAAUGGGAAGAAAGGCAAGAAGAAGGACAAUGAGGCUUUCAAAAGUGAUCAGCAUACUGGCCAUUCUGAUUGA